GCUAUGCAGUCGCUUCAAAAUCCCUUCUGCUUCAUUCUGCAGGUUCGUAAAUACCCAUCUUUUCACGUUAAACGAUCCUGUAAUGGCUUUCUGCUGCUCCUCCAGUGCCCGCUGGUUUUUCUUAGAAUUGCUUAUAUGUGUGUUCACGUUUUUAAGUUACUUUUGUUGUCUGGGGACGUUGAAUUAAACCCCGGCCCUAUCACUAACGCUGAUAUUCUGGCUGCCAUUGCUGAACAGUCUUCUAAAAACGAUGCGCGUCAUACCGAAAUGGUUGACAUGCUAAAUCAGGUCAAAGAUAACCAGCAUCAGCUAGAACUAAAAGUGUUAGACAUCAAUUCAAGACUUGCAGCAGUCGAAUCACUUGUAGAAUUACUAGAUGUGCCAAAGCAUCCUACUGAACUGUCUAAUGUUGUUAGUGAGGCCGUCCGAGGCGAAACUACCGUUCUGAAUUCAAGACUUAAUGAGCUUGAAGAUAGAUCCCGUCGUGACAAUUUACUUUUCUACGGUAUCGCCGACACCCUUUCCGAAGACUGGUCGCAGUCAGAAUCUCAUAUCCGCGAUAAUCUUUCCACAAUGUUAGGACUAGAUCUACCUGGCGAGGCAAUAUCCCGUGCUCACAGAUUAGGCUCAUACUCAACUAAUAAAUGCCGGCCAAUAAUUGUUAAAUUCUCUUCCUCUAAAUUCAAGGCGAAUGUGUUUUCUCAGCGUUUUAAGUUGAAAGGAACAGGAAUUUCAGUCAGUGAGGAUUUCUGUCCGGCUACGCGGCAGUUACGUAAAAAGUUAAUCGAUUUCGGUAAAGGCACCGGUCAGAGGUUCUCGCUCAAACUAAACAGGCUGCACGUUAAUCAAAAGGUGUAUACUUACUGCCCUGUAACAGAUUGUGUUUGCGAAGUGACUCCUAGUCACGCUCGUGAAGCUAACAACGCCGCGUCUCUCUCUCCGGGUGCCAAUAAUACAGUUUCCGCGCCGCAACCGGGCAUCGAUAACGCAGUUUCCGCACCUGGUGCAAGCAAUUAUAAUUCACACGCGUCAUCAACAUAACU